UCAAAACAGCCUAGUAUCAAUAAAACCACCGAGGUUUUCGUAUAACUUGCACCAUUUUUAAGUGACCCACCGCCUUUCACGUCGUCUUAUAGUAUGGAUCUGGCAUCCAAGCUCUUUCAAAGGCUCCAAUCCUUGGAUAAUUCCUUACACUUGCUUCAUUUGGUGGUCCAGAACUGGAUCGUUUUUCAACGAGACUCGUUUGACAUUUUUGACGAUUAUGGGGAUCCAUUCACGACUCAAAUCUUCUUGAUCGAAAUAUCCACCGGAAAAUACAUCCAUAGAGUGCAAGGCAGUAAAGUGGAUUGUGGGGCCACAUUGGACGAUAAUCUUCUAUUUUCCAAAUUAACUGAAGCCUUCGUGGACUCCAAAGUGUGUCAAGGGUUUUCAUUGAAAUCUAAGAGCGGAAGCCAACCUGAUAGUUUGCUCAUCCAAGAGUUUCCUUUUAAGCGAAAAGUAGCCCAAAAUUGUCAGUACUUAUUUGAGCCAGCUUUGAAGACCAGUGCUCUAAAUCAUGAGCAAGGGUUCAGGUGGGUGUGUCCUGUUUGUGAGGAAGCGUGUGAAAAUGGUCAAGAAAACGGUGAAGAUGCUGACAUGGAUUCGAUUGAAGUGAACCCAUUGAAAUUGGAAGCAGUCUUGAGUGAAGAAAUCGAUCUUUUUUCAUUUGUUGAGGUUGACGAGCAUAACAAUGAUGGAGUAGGUGUGAAGGAACAUGAGCAAGAUUCAACCAACCCAAUUGCCAAGAAACCAACCAUCGAUGACGAUAGCGAGACUGUAAAGAAAAAACAAGCUAAGAAGGGUUACUAUUGCAAUCAUUGCUCUGAAACAUUCAAAACAUUGUGGUUGUAUCAGAAACAUCAGCGAGAGAAACGAAAGGUGGGUUGUAAAGAGUGCAAAGAAGACAUCAUAACCUUCAAAGAGUUAGUUGAACACGUUUAUGUGACUCAUACGGAAGUCUUCGAAAAAUACUUCAAGUACGGGCAAAGUAUGGCCGAAUUAGAGCACCUGAGUGCGCCCAAACAAUGCAAUUUGUGUGAUAUGAUUUACAAUGGUAAAUUAUUGCUAUCUCGUCACAAAGAGGUGUUCCACGAACUGGGUGAUUUCAGGUGCGACUUGUGUCGAAAGCCGUGCUUGACCUUUUAUGACCUCCUGAUUCAUAACUAUCAAAAACAUGACGUUGCUUUGGAGCACCUUCAACCCCAAACCCAUGGAUUAGAGGCGGUCUCUUUGCCUGAUGGAAAAAUCACGUACAAACGAGGCAGUUUUCCUUGUCAUCAUUGUGAUGCCACCUACGUGAGUGAUUCCGCUUGGAUCAGGCACAUGAGAGCCAAUCAUUCCUGGCAUCAUUACUUUGAGUGCAAGAUCUGUGAUGAGGCGUGCCAUUAUGCCGCCGAUUUUUCGACUCACAUGCUGACUUUCCACGCUGACCGACCGGAAAUCAAGUGUCCCACCAUAUGGUGCUCCCAUUUCUCAAAUUUGAAAGACGAUCCCGAGCAUUUCAACUCGCAUUUUAGAGAGUGCGAAAGGUUGAGAAGAAAUAACAAAGACUUUGUGGAACAAAAAGUGCUUCAGUGUCAUACUUGUGGGAAGAUAUAUGUCUGCAAGUUAGCCUUUGAUGCACAUGUCAAGCGGCAUCAGGGGAUCGAACAUUACAAAUGCAGCCAUUGUGAUUACGGGACAAACCAUAAAGCUGUCUUGGUGAACCAUGAGAAGGCGCAUCUUCGGGAAAAGGGACUUACUAAUGCCGACACCGGCCUGGUUCUGUACCAUUCAUGUGAUCAGUGUGAGAAGAAAUAUUCCACCAAGCGAGCAGUUCUUAACCAUGUGAAAUACUUCCAUGAAGGUAUUAAGAAAAUUUACCCAUGUAAGGAUUGUGAUCAGAUUUUGUCCUCUCAUACAUCUUUAUACAAUCAUAAGCGUAAAGUUCACGGAUUGGCCAACACUCAGGAUGAGAAGAGGCCAAAGCAGAAGAAAAAGAACAUGAAAAUAAUAUCCACGUCACGUUUAAAGAUUUGAUGAAUCAAAAAUCAUCCAUAAAUGGAUCGUGUUACGGUUACCACCCAAUGAUCAGGGAGAGUCACUCUGGGUCAAAAACGACAUGGAAGGAGAUACCUCUGAUCUUGUAGCUAGAAAGUCUUGGUGAAAAAAUCCCAUGUCCCAAAUCUCAUCUCCAUUCGCCAUCCUGCUCCGGAUUCGAUGACCAUCCAUUUAAAUACAAAUAGCAAAAUAAAUGUCAGAUUAUGGUUAGAGAAAGAUAUGACUGAAUUAAGUACAUACUUGUAAGGAAUAUGCAAUAAAAAAGCCAAAUCUA